UCUGUUCAUGUCAUAAAUAGGCUGUGGGCAGAGCUCUGAGACUCAGCUGGGACUGUUUGAAGCAAGGGAAGGGGUCACUGAGUGUUUUAUCUGGGGACACAACGAUUUGAGGCUAGCAGACCUUUCAAGGGUCUUUUUUUAAAACGCAGAUAAGAGCUUUGGCAAGUGGCUGGAGAGGAGCACUCAAAACAAGCCCUGGAACCGCAAACCUCACCAGACACCAGAUUGUGGAAUACUUUAUUUCCACCAAACCUUCAAAAGUAGUUUUCAGUCACAUGUUUCCUGACAUCCAGCUCUUCUUUCCCUAUUCUACAGUCUCCGGAGUGUGUUAUCGGAGUGUAACAGUGAGGCUGCUCUUCUCCACUGGUCAUCAGUGAAAAUAUCCGUCUCCAUUAAAGGAAGAGCACAUUUGCUAUUAGAGGACUAAUGAGCGAAGACUGCUCUAUCAGCAGUCGGCACUAUCAGCAGGUCCUCCAGUAGAGGAAGGCUAAGGUCUCUCGGUUUUAAAAUGGAUCCCAAAGACAAGCCAAGUGACUUAUGUCAAGUGGACAUCCUUAUCUAUGAAAGAUGAGGCGGCUCUCUCUCGCGAUGGCCCCAGUACUCUCAAGGCAGCCAGGCAGAGAGCAGGCUACCAUCAUAGAGGAGAGGCGCUCUGAUUUUUUGUUUCCAGAGUUGAGAAUUAAAACCAGGCGACAGUGUGGAUGAGGCCGGGUUGGGAAGCUCCGAUCAGGUCUUCCGCAAACAGGUUUACGAUGUAAAGUCAAGCAGGGAAGAAGUGAAUCGGACCAGAGCAGACUGCUCUUCUCCAGGCAGCUCAAAGCAGCCGGCAGCCACGGACCGCCAUGACGGAGUGGACACUGCUCAAGAGACUCCUGGACGCUGUGCACCAACACUCCACCAUGAUCGGUCGCCUGUGGCUCACCGUCAUGGUCAUUUUCCGGCUGCUCAUCGUUGCUGUGGCCACUGAGGACGUGUACACCGACGAACAGGAGAUGUUUGUGUGCAACACGCUGCAGCCGGGAUGCUCCACCGUCUGCUACGACGCCUUUGCGCCAAUCUCGCAACCUCGCUUCUGGGUCUUCCACAUCAUCAGCGUCUCCACGCCAUCCCUCUGCUUCAUCAUCUACACGUGGCACAACCUGUCCAAGCUGCCCCACAAUGGCACCCAGAGGCAACGGCUGGGACAAGGAGGUAUCCCAAGGCCGGGAGGCCCGGAUGUCGGGCAAGGCAGUGGACGCGAGGUGUACGAUCGGAGCUGUGACUCAGACAGCUGCUCAAUUCGCUCCCAUAAGCACUUGGGUCACAGUUUGGCGGAUGUGCUAGAGGGCGUUACAGCUCACAACCUCCGGAGGGGAGACCACAACAAAGCGAUGUCCUUGAGUCCUGCUCGAGGUUACGCCGUCCUAGAGGCGACUCAAGAGGCCUCUGGAGGCGUUCUGUCUAAAUGUUACAUCUUCCAUGUGUGUUUGCGGGCUGUUCUGGAGGUGAGUUUUGUGGUGGCCCAGUGGAAGCUGUUUGGCUUCCAGGUACCUGUCCAUUUCCUUUGUACGUCUGUCCCCUGCAGCCAGCCGGUGGACUGCUACGUCUCCAGGCCCACGGAGAAGACCAUUUUCUUGCUCUUCAUGUUUUGUGUGGGGAUUUUCUGCAUCCUGCUCAACCUGCUGGAGCUCAACCACUUGGGCUGGAAGAAGAUCAGACAGUCUGUGAGGCUGAAGGAGAGGGCGUCCUGGGGAGGCUGUCCAGGUAUGAAAGGGGGGUAUGAAACCUUCCCCCCAGACAGCCCCUGUCUCACAACCUCGUUAGGCUACAGGGACGUGACCAGCACCACUUCCCUGCCCACUUUGGACCUGGUGGUGGGGCACCAGCCUGACUGGACCUGCGCUGUGAACUGUGGCAGGAUGAGGGAGCAUGAGGAGGUCAGAGAGACGAGACCAGAUCAAACAAAGUCACAGGACUCCCAUAAAGGAGAGAGGCAGCCUCUGAAGAGUAAGACGGCGAUCAGAGAGUACAAACAGAGGAGUGCUGAGGUCUGGAUAUAGGCUACAACCUUUGCUGUAGUGUGACUCGUGGAUCUCACUUUGGAGCUUAAAGGGUCCCCAACAACAUGUAAUAGUUCACAUUGUAGAUUCAUCCAAUUUUUUUUUAAAUUUAAGGCUCUUUAUUCAACGCAAAGUACUUCUAAGUAAAAUUGUUUGUUGGCAUAUUCAUCCAGAACCAGGACAUUUUUGUGAAAUGUUAAAAGUAAAUAAAAAUGGCGAUUUUUUAUUGCGUACAAUAAACUAAUUUCUUUUGAAUAGAUACAAGUUGUAACAGAAGUUAAUAUUUCCGAGGUAGGAUGCAGUCUAGCUAUGCAAUUAAUAUCACAGAGGAAGGACUCUAUGGCACUAAACAGAUCAUUUUAAAUGAUUGUCCAGUAGACUACUGGUUACAUGUGACCAUACAGCUAUAACAGGGGACAAAAGUUGACAUGUAAUUCGCCCCUCUCUCUCUGGCUGUCAGACAUGUUCUGUAUAUCUUCUACGUAAUCCGUCAAAGAAAGAUACAAAUGCGGGUUGAAUCCAUUCCUGGGUAGUUUCAGAUUUGAAGUGAGGUUUUCUAUGUCGAGUAGGGAUCCUCCCGGUGAAACGUAUGAUAUAAAUCGUUGUAAUUGGAUUCAUUGUCUGAAUAAAGGUCUGUCCUAUUCAUUAACCUGUAACAUGUAGCGCUACUAGGAAAAAAAUCACCUGCAACCCAGUGUCUUGAAACUAUCACAACCGUUGUUGUUGAGUGGAAACCCCCAAAUGCUCUUUCCAAAAAUAACUGCAUGUCAAUGCUGGGUGUCCUGAAAACAUUAAAAUAGCAACAUUAAUACUGAUAACCGUG